UCUCUCUCUCUCUCAGACACACGCACGCAUGUUUACUCUCUCUUGACUAGACUGUUCACGAGUAAAAAGGCAAAGGUAACCCCUCUCCCAAAAAUUAGGAUUAAUAUUAGGGUUUUUCAACUCUCUGUUUUUUACUUGAGACAGUGUGUGUCUCUGUGACCUCGAGGGCCCAUAAUUUUUUCUUGGCCUUUUGAGGAUUCUUUUGGGAUUUUUGAGUAAUGGGUCAUCUUUCUUUUCUGAUAAAAUGGCAUCAUCUUCACAAGCCGUUGAAGUUCUUGAUUUUGCUCUGGGUCUUGUUUUCAGCUGAAAGCGACGUCGUUUGUGCCUCUGAUUCGGAUAAAUCUGCUCUCUUGGAGUUCAAGGAUUCAAUUUCCGACCCUUAUGGUGUGUUGACCAGCUGGAAUUUGAAUAAUACGGAUCACUGCUCUUGGACCGGGGUAUUGUGUGAUUCGGGCUAUCGGGUCGUGUCGUUGAAUAUCACAGGUGAAGGUAAUUCAUUAUCUUGUGCUAGAAUUGCUCGAUUUCCACUCUAUGGGUUUGGAAUUAGAAGGCCUUGUCUGAUUAGCAAUAACAAAGUAAAAAUCCUGGGUAAAUUAUCGCCAGCUAUUGCGAAACUCACUGAGCUUAAGGUGUUAUCGCUCCACUUCAAUGAAUUAAGCGGUGAUAUUCCUUUGGAAAUUUGGGGUAUGGAAAAGCUUGAAGUUCUUGAUCUUGAAGGGAAUUUAAUUUCUGGGUCAUUGCCGGGUAAAUUUAAGGGGUUGAAAAACUUGAAAGUUCUUAACUUGGGAUUCAAUGAGAUUUUUGGUGGAAUGCCAAGUUCACUGUUGAAUUUUAUGGGUCUGCAGAUCUUAAAUUUAGCUGGAAAUCAAGUGAAUGGGUCUAUUCCAAGGUUUAUUGGUGAGUUUAGAGAUUUGAGGGGGCUUUACUUGUCAUUUAAUCGGCUUGGUGGAUCGAUACCUGGUGAUAUAGGGGAUAGUUGUGGGAAGCUUGAGUAUCUGGAAUUGGCAGGAAAUUUCUUCACUGGAGGGAUUCCAAAAAGUCUUGGAAAAUGUAGAGGGCUGAAGACACUUCUGCUGUACUCAAAUGUUUUAGAGGAGGUGAUUCCGGUUGAACUUGGUCAGCUGGAUCAGCUUGAAGUGUUAGAUGUUUCUAGGAACAAUUUUGGUGGGGCUAUACCAUCAGAACUUGGCAAUUGUACAAAGUUAUCUGUCCUUGUAUUGUCAAACUUGUGGGAUCCUCUUCCCAACAUCUCUAGUUUUAGAGGUGAUAUCUCGAUUGAAAAGUUGGCACUUAUUGCUGAUGAGUAUAAUUUCUACGAAGGUACACUUCCAGCUGAAAUUACUGGUCUUUCUAGUUUGAGGAUGUUGUGGGCCCCUCGAGCAACUCUUGAUGGGAAGUUGCCUGAUAGUUGGGGUUUUUGCGACAACUUGGAGAUGUUGAAUUUGGCUCAAAACUAUUACUCAGGGAAAGUCUCAUUGGGGUUCAGCAACUGCAAGAAACUGUAUUUUCUAAACUUGAGCUCAAACAGACUGAGUGGGGAGAUUGUCGACAAAAUUCCUGUUCCUUGUAUGACUAUGUUUGAUGUUAGUGGGAAUUUUCUAUCUGGUUCUAUCCCCAAAUUUAGUUACAACUCUUGUGCAAAUAUCCCAUCCAUAAAUGGGGAUUUCUUGGAGCCACAGGAUCCAUCAUCUUUAUACAUCUCAUACUUUGCAGAGAGAACUCAAGUUGACAUCCCUUUGCCAUUUUUUGGCGAUGAUGCUAGUUUUGCUGUGCUCCAUAAUUUUGGCUCUAACAACCUUACAAGCACAGUUAAUUGGAUGCCAAUUGCACCUGAAAGAUUAGGGAAGCGGACUGUUUAUGCAUUUCUUGCUGGUGGAAACAAACUCACUGGAUUAUUCCCUGGAAAUUUUUUGGAGAAGUGUGAUCAGAUGAAGGGUAUGAUGGUUAAUGUCAGUAACAAUCUUUUAUCUGGUCAAGUUCCAACUGAUAUUGGAACGAGGUGCAAAUCUUUGAAGCUCUUAGAUGCCUCCGGCAAUCGAAUUUCUGGAAUUCUUCCUCCUGGUAUCGGAGAUUUGGUUUCACUUGUAGGUCUUAAUUUGAGCUGGAACCCACUGAAUGGUCCAAUCCCCAGCACUAUCACCCAAAUAAAGGGGCUUGAAUGCCUUUCUUUAGCUGGAAAUAACUUGACUGGGUAUAUUCCCGCGAGCAUGGGGCAACUAUACUCUUUAAAACUGCUUGAUCUGUCUUCAAAUUCUCUCUCUGGUGAAAUUCCUAAAGAGCUUGCAAAUUUAAGGAACUUGACUGUGCUUCUCCUCAAUGAUAAUAAGCUAUCUGGGCAGAUUCCGUCUGGCUUCACGAAUGUGACCAUGCUCUCAGCAUUUAAUGUGUCCUUCAAUAAUCUCUCUGGGCCAUUGCCUUUGAAUGGUAAUUUGAUGAANCAGGAGAGGACCACAAGAGCUGCCAAUUGGAGGGUACUUCACAAGAUUGCUUUGGACAUAGCCCGUGCACUUGCCUACUUACAUGAUCAGUGUGUGCCACGUGUUCUUCACCGUGAUGUGAAGCCUAGCAAUAUCUUGUUGGGUGAUGAUUACAAUGCUUAUUUAUCUGAUUUUGGACUGGCUAGGCUACUCGGAACUUCAGAAACUCAUGCCACCACCGGUGUCGCUGGCACUUUUGGAUACGUUGCUCCAGAAUACGCAAUGACUUGCCGUGUGUCUGAUAAGGCUGAUGUCUAUAGUUAUGGGGUUGUGUUGCUUGAGUUGAUUUCCGACAAGAAAGCACUUGAUCCCUCAUUUUCUUCCUAUGGAAACGGUUUCAAUAUUGUUGCUUGGGCAUGCAUGCUCUUGCGUCAAGGGCGUGCUAAGGAGUUCUUCACUGCCGGGUUGUGGGAUGCAGGCCCACACGAUGAUUUGGUUGAAGUCUUACACCUGGCAGUUGUCUGUACAGUUGACUCUCUUUCAACCCGACCAACAAUGAAGCAGGUUGUAAGACGUCUGAAGCAACUCCAGCCCCCAUCUUGUUAGCAUCACACGAGAAAUUAUUGUUGACAUAAUAAAAAAGAAUCCUUGCAGGAUUAUCUAAUGUGACCUUAUUCGUUUUAGAAGUCUGAAGGCUGAGCUGAGCCGGAGAUAUUCUUGCUCAAGUUCUACCAGUGUUUUGGUGACGCAACCCCUUAUAUUGGGCAGAGGAUGACCCUCCCGACCAACAAGAUUUCCGUCUCAAUAGCUUCAAUUGAGUACCAUCUGUGCACGGCCAUACUUUUCAGGUCCCCAAGGUGUACAGCCAGUGGUACUUGGAAGUAUGGAACAAUGUAGGCCAGGAAAAUCGACAAAAUGGCUUUGUCGCUUCUGUCAAAGAAUUGGCCAUCAAGACAGGGCAUGACACCUUUUUUGCAGGGCUCAGAAGUGAUGGCAAGCAGUACGAGGUAUCCGCAUGAUUUUUCAAGGUUCAAAAUUUUUUUUUUCAAGUAGGGGGGCUGUCCGCUUUACCCAAGGUAUGCAGAGCAUUUCUCCAACUCGUCUGAGACGAAACCUUGAUAGGGUCCAGAGCAUCUUGCUUGCAAUGCAGUUAAUGCAACACUAGUCGAUACAGAACGUUGUCGCCAAAAGAUCACGAAGCUUACGACAGAUUUUUUCCAGAGAUGAGCUGCGUUAAAUACAAAUUUAGGUCUCCACUGUAAAACAUACAGAAUUUUAAUUUUUCAUUUGAUUUUGUUCAGUAUUAACAUAAGAAAACGAACGCGAUCAGAUGCACAUAUUCUAUUCC